AUGGAGUCCCAUGUCCAGCGCCUGGUUGAUCAGACCUGGGAGAGGUUUCAGCAAUGCGACGGCUCACAGCGCCUCCUGAUCGCCAUCUCCGGCAUUCCAGGCAGCGGUAAAACCACUCUCGCUGCGUCCGUCUGCGCGGGCCUUAACAAAGCCCACCACAGCCAUCAAAACAAGCGCUUCCCCAACAGUCCGAGCCGCUCCGGGCCAGACAUCGCCUUUGUCGUGCCGCUUGAUGGCUACCAUUUGACCCGCAAACAGCUCAGCGAGAUGCCAAAUGCCGAAGAGGCCGUUUUCCGCCGCGGCGCGGCGUUCACGUUCGACUCGCAGAGCUACCUCAAAUUGGUCGAGAAAGUGCGUAAACCAAUCAGCCCAGAGACGUUGACGAUCUACGCACCCAGCUUCGACCACGCAGUCAAGGAUCCCGUGGCGAAUGACAUCGCCAUUCCGCCGACAGCACGGAUCGUCCUCUUUGAAGGUCUGUACACGGCCCUGGAUGAGCCCGGGUGGAGAGACGCUCACGAGUUGAUGGACGAGACGUGGUUCGUCGACGUGGAUAUCCCGACGGCCACGCAACGGGUCGCAAAGCGAAACUUCGCUGCCGGCAUUUCCACUUCCUUUGAGGAGAGCCUCGACCGGACAGAGAAAAGCGACAUGAGGAAUGCCAAGGAGGUCUUGGAGAAGAGACUGCCCGUCCAGGAGAUUGUGCCCAGUAUCGAGGACGAGACCUGGCGGAGCGAGGAGGUUAGAAACGUGGACGGCCAGUUACAGGGGGACGAAGACGGCGACGAAGAUAGAGAAAGGGACGAGGCGGAGAGGAGGAGGGAGAGGAUGACUAGGAUGGAUAGUAUUGCUAUGCUCGCUGCAGAUGGAGUUGGCAUGUGA